GGCGGCGGCCGCGGUGGUAGCGGCGGCUCCGGGACGAGCGGGAGGAGCCCGAGGAGCGCCGUGAAAUGGGCCGGCUCCUAAGAGAGCAGGGAGGACACUGCUUCUUACUACAGCUGCUUAGAAGCACCAUCCAAAGCUCAGAUGUGGGCGCCCCAGCCAGCAGCAGAGAGGGGUGCAGGGGAGCCAGAGAGAAGCCCCUUCUGAUGCCCCCCAGGAGCAAGCCGACUCCUCCCAGGCUCCAAGAACAGCACAGAGCAAUAUGAAACCUGUCCAUGAAAGGAGCCAGGAAUGCCUUCCACCAAAGAAACGAGAUCUCCCAGUCAGCACCAGCGAGGACAUGGGGAGAACAACCAGCUGCUCCACCAACCACACACCCUCCAGUGAUGCUGCUGAAUGGGCCCGAGGGGUUGUGGUGGCCGGACAGAGCCAGGCAGGAGCUCGAGUCAGCCUGGGAGGUGACGGAGCCGAGGCCAUUGCUGGUCUGACGGUGGACCAGUAUGGCAUGCUCUACAAGGUGGCCAUGCCACCUGCCACCUUUUCCCCAACUGCCAUCCCAUCAGUGGUGAACAUGAGUCCCUUGCCCCCCACAUUUAAUGUAGCAUCCUCGCUGAUUCAGCACCCUGGCGUCCAUUACCCCACAGUCCACUAUGCCCAGCUCCCCUCCACCUCUCUGCAGUUUAUCGGGUCUCCUUACAGCCUGCCCUAUGCUGUCCCCCCCGGCUUUCUCCCUAGCCCCCUCCUUUCUCCUUCUGCCAGCCUCACCACCUCUCACCUUCCACACUUCGUGCCAUAUGCCUCACUCUUGGCAGAAGGAGCAACUCCUCCCCCUCAGCCGUCCUCCCCAGUCCACUCAUUCAGCAAAGCCCCCACGGUCACCUCCCCGCCGGGCCAGCUGCCCCCUCACGCAAGCACGCAGCCUUUGGACCUCGCUCCCGGCCGGAUGCCCAUUUAUUAUCAGAUGUCCAGGCUGCCUGCUGGGUACACCAUGCAUGAAACCACCCCGGCAGGUGCCAGCCCAGCUUUGACCCCUCAGGAGGGCCAGACUGCUCUGGGAGUAGCCACAGCCAAUGGACAGAGAGCGCGCGAGCGGGAUGGAAUGCAGAGGGAGAGUGAUAGCCGGGAGUCACCAGGCAGCAAGGGCACAGGCCAGAUGCUGGGGCCAGUAGUUGAGUGUGUAGUGGACGGACAGUUGUUUUCAGGGUCACAGACUGCACGGGUGGAGGUGGCAGUACCAGCUCACCGAGGAACCCCUGACACUGAUCUUGAGGUCCAGCGGGUUGUUGGCACCUUAGCUUCUCAGGACUAUCACUCGGUGGCAGUCCCACCGAAGGAUGAGCCGAGCCCCCUCAACCUAUCCCAUCACACCCCCGACCACCAGGGGGAGGGCCGAGGGCCAGCCAGGAACCCAACUGAGGCGGCAGAGAAGAACCAGGCCCGAGGGUUCUACCCGCAGUCUCAUCAGGAACCAGUGAGACACAGACCUUUACCCAAAGCAGUGGUUGUAGCGAAUGGCAACCUGGUGCCCACCGGAACUGAUCCAGGCCUGCUUCCUGUGGGCUCGGAGAUCCUGGCAGCGUCAGGUUUGGAUGUGCAGACCAGAGUCACCUUCCCAGACAAGGAGCCAACGCCGCCCCCUGUCCCCUCCCCGCACUUGCCCUCCCAUUUCAUGAAAGGCGCCAUCAUCCAGCUGGCCACGGGGGAGCUGAAGCGCGUGGAGGACCUGCAGACCCAGGAUUUUGUGCGCAGUGCCGAAGUGAGUGGGGGCCUGAAGAUUGAUUCAAGCACGGUUGUGGACAUUCAGGAGAGCCAGUGGCCUGGCUUUGUUCUGCUGCAUUUUGUAGUGGGUGAGCAACAGAGUAGAGUGAGCAUUGAGGUGCCUCCCGAGCACCCCUUCUUCGUGUAUGGCCAGGGCUGGUCCUCUUGUAGCCCCGGGCGGACUGCACAGCUCUUCUCUCUGCCCUGCCAUCGGCUCCAGGUGGGAGAUGUCUGUAUCUCUAUCAGUUUACAGAGUUUGAACAGUCACAUGGUUGCUCAGGGCAGCUGUGCCCCCCCAGGCCAGCUGGGUCCCCUCCGGGAAAGGCCUGAAAGGACAGUGUUGGGACCCAGAGAGCAAUGUGACAGCGAGGGGAAGAGUGAGCCCUCAGGAGAGGUCUCCCCGCCGGAGCCCGGUGCUCAGGCCUGCUGGCCAGCUCCCAGCUUCCAAAGAUACAGCGGGCAGGGCCCGGAGGCGCAGGCUGCGCUACUGAGACCCUCUUUCAUCCCACAGGAGGUCAAACUGUCCAUUGAAGGGCGAUCCAAUGCCGGAAAAUGAGCCUCUCCCCGGGUGGCACUGGGACACUCCCCUCCCCCAAAGUUGGGCCUCACCACAAGCUGGUGGAGGAUUUGCACAUGCCAAGCAGGGAUGGGCUCUCUUGGCAGUCAGAUGGGGGCAAGGGGUCAUAGGGAAGGCCUGAAGGCAGCUUCCCCAGGGCAGGGUCUGUGUUCACCCUGUGGCAUCCUUAUGGGAUGGCCCCAGAGGGCACCGUGAAG